GCGAGGGCGGCCCGGACGACUAUCCCGCGCCCCGCGCGCCCGCCCGGCCAGUGCGCAGCAGCUUCCCCCGACGGUGCGCCCGCCGCAGCCAGCCCGCCCGCCCGCCCGCCCGCCAGCAUGUACUCCGUCCAGCAGCACGUCCAGCCGACGCCGCGGCCGCCGCCCCUGCCCAACUGCGGCCCACCGCAGAUGCCCCACUACCCGCCGCCCCCCAGGCCCUGCUUCGAGCCGCCCCAGUGCCAGCCAUACCCGGAGCCCCCCCGGCCGCCGCCCCAGAGCUACGCCUGCCCCCCGAUGCCCCAGAGCUCCUACCCGCCGCCGCCGCCGCCCUGCGAGCCUUGCGGCCCGGCCACCCUGCCCCGACCCUUGACCCAGCAGCCUUGCGCGCCCCCGGCGGCCGCCACCCUGCCCCGCGGACGCCAGAACCGGCCCGCGCCGCUGCCGAUGCCCCUGCAGUGCCCGCCCGGCGGCCGGCCCUUCCCGGAGCAGAACCAGGACGGCGGCGGCACCGUGGUCUACGAGCGCGUCCGCACCUACAGCAGCCCCGGCGGGAAACGCGUGCAGCUCCUGGAGCCGCCCAACUGCUACUCCCCCAACCGGGCGGCCUCGCCCGCCGACGGCACCCCCGGCUACCAGCACGUCAUCUGGAGCAGCGACCCGCCGGUGCAGGAAGUCCCAUCUCCAUCAUUGAAAUUGUCCCCAUUUUCCCAAGGUACUGUCCGGAGGAUUAUAUUGGAGAAUCCUGAACAGGAGCCGCUGUCUCCACUUCUGAGAGGAGGAAAUAAUGUGAUCAUUGAAAAAACAGUAAGAAAGUACGAGCUGCUAAAUCCAGACCAGGAGAAGCAGUACCACUUUGCCCAGCAGCACACGCAGUCUGACCAAUGUCAAAUCAACCAGCCUGUGGAGUAUGUUCCGGUGGCCCAGCAAUGCCAGCAGACCCAGACGGGCAGCCCCUGCGAUAUAACUCCAAUUAGUGUCAAUGAUGGUGGAAACAACACCGUGAGGAAGGUCACCAUCCAGACCUGUGAACCGGUGAUAAACAUCCCAGAAACAAAUGACCAGCUGGACUCCCGCUACUUUGGCGAACUCCUUGCCGAACUGAACCGCAAAAGCAAUGACCUGUACAGCUGUUUGCUCCAGCAUGUUGAGAGGCUGGGGGGAAGGAGAUACGAAAUUGAAUCAUUUAGCCAAUCAGAAGAUAUUGAGAGUUUGAUUCCUAAAGGGCUUUCAGAGUCAACCAAGCAGCAAAUCCGUUACCUGUUGCAGAUGAGAGUCACGGCAGAUAAGUCUAUGAGGCUGGUCCUUGCCACGUUCAGCAACCUUCGAGAGGAACUCCUCCAUCUUCAGGACGACUUAGGGAAAUUAGAAACUGACAAAACGCUACUGGAGAAAGACCUGGCUUUCAAAGAGUGUCAAGUGAGGGAGUAUGAAAAGCUUCUGGCCUCCGUACGAGAGAAUAAUCGCCUACAGCAGAAAGCCCUCCGAGAGUCUACUCUCAAGUGCCGCUCGCUGGAAGAACAGCUCAUCUCUCUCCGGCACAACGAUGGGGACAAGGAAUUUCGGAUGAAAGAUCUGGAAUACAGCAAACGAGCUCUGGAGCAAGAAGUCCAGAACCUCAGGCUCCAGGUUUCAUCAAACCCCCUGAUUCAGACCACAACUGAUGAACUGUCCAGCCGCUAUGUGGAGAUGAUCAACCAACUCAGAGAGGAUAAAGACCGGCAGAUCCGCAACCUGAGGUCCCAGCUAUGCGAUUUCCAGAAGGAUAUUUCAAAGAAAGAGGGGACAGAUGCUGACCUCCAGAUGCGACUGCACGAGUUGAAUAUGAGGCUGGAAGAGAAGGAGUCUUGGAUCAAGCAGCAGGAAGAUGAAAUCUUCAGGUUGAAGCAAGAGAAAUUAGCAUGCAGCCCAUCCCAAGGAAUAACGAAGACCAUCAUCACUAAAAAGUACAGGAACCAGUAUCCCAUCCUUGGACUCUUGUCUGAUGACUACAAAGUGACGUCACCUGUCAAACAAUCACAGACCAUUGUAAUCGAAAAAACUGGAGAAAUGUGGAAGCAGGAAUCCUUUGCUGCCGAUUAAAGAACUGCUUGCUUCUUUCAGGAAUGAACAAGCCCCCCCGGGACAAGUUUCCAGCAGCUCAGAGGAGUACACAAUCACAGAAACGCUAUUGUUUUAUUCUUCCCUUCUGUUUUUUUGUUUGUUUGUUUUCCUUCAUUUGUUCACAGUUCAGAUCUGAAACUUAAAACCAGCCAUGGUUUGGUGGGGGGAGCAUUAUCAGCUCACUGCAAGAUGUAAUACAUUUAGAAGUAAAGCUUGACUUCACAGUUUGCGGUCAACAAAUAUGUGGCUAUUCAAGCAGUGGACCUUGUGGCUUCGCUCCUCAGUUGAGGAAUCCUUGAGCAUCUUCCUACGGCAUUUCAUUAGCCUUGUCUCCAUGGAAUAUGGGCCCUAUACACGAUUCUCUCCCCCUUCAUCUGUUUUAUCUGGGCAACUCUAUGAGAGUAGGAGAGGCAGAUAGAAAAAGAAGAAGAGUUUGGAUUUAUAUCCCCCUUUCUCUCCUGCAGGAGACUCAAAGGGGCUUACAAUUUCCUUGCCCUUCCCCCCUCACAACAAUCACCUGAGGUAGGUGGGGCUGAG